AUGCCGUUGACGAGAAAGCAGGCCUGGAGAAGAGUGCGGGUGGUGCGUCAUGAGGUUGUGUCUGGUGAGACAAAGGACGAUGAGGCCGCUGCGGCCGCCGCCGCCGCCGCCGCGUGCGCCAAAAGGCCAGCUAGCGACUGGAUCCGCCAGAUGACCCAGCGACCACAGCAGCAGCAGCAGCAGCAGCGGGAGCCGUCUCCGCCGCCUCGUACCCCCGCCGCCCGCACGGAACGCAGCGACAGCAGUGACAGCGCUACGCGGUCCCCAGAGCGAGAGAGAGACGCCUUGGACAAUUGGAGGCUCCCGAAGGAGGGAAGGCACCCCUCGGCGCGUCCGGGCGCUUCCGCGGCCAAGAGGCAGGCGGCGGCUGCCUGCGUCCGCGUGGGCUCUCGCGUCUCGUUCAACACGGUUGUGGCGGCUAUUCUCAUCCCCUCCGCCAAGGACCUGCACGCCGCGGCGAGGCAGGAACUUUGGUGGCAAGAGACGGACUACCGCGACUUCCGGAUCAACUUCAUUCAGUUUAUGCGUUCUCCGCCGGCCGCCGCCGCCGCCGCCGGGGAGGGUCCCGAACUGGUGCCGGUUGAAAUCGUAGCCGAGUCCAAGUCGAGCCAGGAUGAGGAAGAGGGGAAAGUCAUGCAGGACGACGAGGAAGUUCAACAGCCCGUGGUUGUCGAUGCUGCGGUGUACGAGGACGCGAGAGCGACCGAAAAAGUGCGCGCGUGGCCCGUACAGAGCGAGCCCGAGUUGGCUCUGCCGCCCUCCGGACUUCUCGCCAAGCCGUCGUCCGCCAGCCUCUCGGACUCGGACACCUCGCCGCCAACACCUCCGUCGGAGCCGGGCACCCUAACGUCGCCGUCGGACGGCGGCGAGAGCGACGAGCCUGUCGAGACGGCCGCCGACAUCUCCUGUUGCCCGGCCUCAUCGAGCUUGCCGCCAGUUUCCCAGGAGCCGCUUCCGCCGUCUUUGACGUACGAGGAACAGAGCGUGACAACAUCAUCAUCAUCAUCGACGACGACGACGACGACUACAUCGGCCCCCGCAGCGGACAUCGCUAAGGGGCGCUGGCAGGAUGAUGAGGAAGUCGAACGAGCAGGCAGCGGCGUGCAGCACGGAGGCAGCAGUCCUUCCUGCAGCCUCGGUUGGUCCUCGCCGGAUGAGGGCAACACCGCGGACGAAGACGGUGAGGGAGACGGCGACGGCGAAGAGGACGAAGAGGAAGAUGAAGAGGGUAACACCAUCCGCGUACGGCGCGCCUUCUCCAACCUCGAGACGGCAAGGCGGGGCGGCGGCAGCGGCAGCGGCAGCGGCAGCGGCCUCACCGCCCUCGUGUCGGUGGACGACUCGAGCGACGGCGGCGACAGCAGCGACGGGGGCGAAGGUAGCGGCAGGCACCAUGACCGGCCGCGGGCGCUCAGUCUCGACGGGUGGUUCACCUGCGGCCUAGAGAACGGCGUGAACGCCAAGUCCUACGAGACCCACGACCACGCCGGCCGCCUGCGAGACCUCGUCAAGCUGGCUCCACUCCCCGCGGUGUGCCCCACCCCGCCGCUGAUGGACGCGAACGCCAACCAAGAGGUAGACCUCAACGACGCCUUGCGGCGACUUGGCGUGACCUUUAACGUUAGCGUCAAGGGCGGCGAUGGCGUUGCAAGGGGGCGAAAAUCACUCGACGAUAUGGGCGCCGGCGGGGACAACGGCGGAGAGACCAAGUGCCGUGCUGAGGGAGACUGCGACGACGACGAUGUCGCGAGGGGCUUCUCUCCCUCAGCGGCGGCUGCUGCUGCCAAUCGGAUGGGGUGGGUGGAGCGGGGUGCGUGGUGCGUGGUGCGAAACGAGGACUUGUGUGUCAGCUCCUCUGGCUCUGUUGUGCUUGGGCCAGAUCGGUAGUUUCUCAUGUUGUGCAAAUCGGAUCAAAUCCAGUCAGUCGGUGAGUCAAACCACGCGUACAGGUAGACUCGUGUCAUAGUUGGUGGUAUGUAUACGACGGCUGACAAGUGAAAUCGCUGUGCUUGCUUUUGCUGUGACAGCAUCGCAUCGUGCCUCUGGUGCAGGCGUGUUUUGUCUUGGACACACAGAACUCACAGGACUCACAGGACUCCCAGAGAGAGAGAGAGAGAGAGAGCGAGAGAGCGAGACACACGUCGUUCGCUCCUCUCAGGAGCAGCAUGUCUUCGUUCUUCGUGACGAUAGUGUCGAAGCGCCGGGCCGCUUUUGUUCCUUCUGCUACGGCAUGGCCCAGUGCUUCCUCUUGCUUUGCGUUGGUAUGAUGCAUGCUUUUUUUUUUUAGUGUUUUUUUUUGCUCUGGGUCGUGUCAUUGGUAAAUACCAUAUACGGAGGGCCGCGAUCAUUGUUCCCGUGUACAGGCGCGGCCGGGUUACACAGAGGGGGGGUGAUUCACAGGAUGGAGAGAGGAAGCGCGAGAUCUUAGACACAAGCGGGUUUUUACUUCUGUCUCACAGACGGAGCGAGAAGUUUUAUGAAGAGGUUGAGGGAAGCGUUAUUUCGUGUUUUUUUGUUGUCGGCUUUCCUUCCUUGUGUUUUUCUGCGUUUGUCCGUGGUUAUUGCAUCUACUUAGACUUGUUCUACGCGGCCAAACAUUUGUUCUGAUCGUAUGAGUGCACGCAUCGUUGUAGUAGCUUGCGUGCAAAAUAGUUGAUGUUGUCCCAUGCAACGUGCCGCAUACAAUUGAGUGGAGUAGAAGAGACCAUGAUCAGCUCAGCCUGCCUCACUUAGAUGAAAACGUGAGCUUCCCAGUGGUUCUACUUGAGAGGGGUUAAUGGGUUCAGGCGGUGACUAUGAGUCAGUUGUAUUGUGGAUACGCUUAUGCUGCGGCAGCGAACGGGGCGGGGUGUUGCUGAUCCUCACUUGCUUGACCCUUGGUUUCCCCCACGCUUGUAUGCUGCUGGGUCGACUACUACUGCUGCUCUGCUGUUGUCGUAUGGCGAUUAUCGGUGACAAGGGGCUUGGUGCAAAAAAGCCCUGUGUAUUCUUGUACGUUAAGUCAGAGAACCAGCACUGUAGUGGUUGAGUGAACGGGCUGAAUGGUCUCCAACAACGAAGCAAUCAGGAAUAAAUACUGGCGGCCUCUCCCUUCUUGUCUAGUUGUCCUUUCGUGUUGAAGGUACGGGACCUACCAGGUAUUUGUUGUUGCCCGUGUUCCCGAAUCUUGUUCUCAAAUUAUGGUACUUCUCGUGCCUCGAAGGUGUGGUGUUGAUGUUGCGCGGGUGUGCCGUAUGACGGCUGA